CGCCUGGUGGAGAAGACAGAAAAGGCACUCUCGGACAAUUGGCGUAUCGACCGAGCAUACAUCGAAUCGUCAUCGCUCAGUGACGUGUAGCGUGUCGCCCGUGAUCUUGCGAAACAACGAAAGGUAUAUGCGGUCAUCGAUGAGCAACAAUAAUCGAUAUCGAACGCGUGGCAGUUUCUCAGCGGUUUCACUGCAUCGUAAUUUUGCUUGACGAUAAACGCUCCUUGUUUUACUCCCUCCCCCCCUGCUGUCCGGAUUGGCCAUAUUGCUAGCCGUUGAUAAAUUCACGGGAUUUUCGUACCGACUGAUAUUAAAAAAUGGAGUUAUCAUCAGAAAUAUUGGAAAGCUUGGUUAUAGAUGACAAGGCUGUUAUGGAGGUAUUGAAAGAUGGAAAUGUUAUGGAAGGAGAUAUCAUAUUUGAAUCUGAAAUGAUUACUGAAGAUUCUGAGGAAGCAGAAAUAGAAGAAAUUAUAGAGAUAAUUGAGGAAGUCGAGGAAAGCGAGACACCUCUAAAUGAUGAUGUCUCGGAUAAGGACAAGUUGACAGAUUCAAAGGAUAUUGACACAAUUGAAAAGACAAAGAGAAAUGACAGAACGAUUAGUAAAAACAUAGAGCUUUAUAACUUUGACGAUGAGAAUUCAAUGUUUACCUCUCAAUUCGAAAAAGAACCAACCAAACAUGUAAAAAAUAGCACACACAAAAUCACUAAAAAACAAGUUAUAAACUAUGAUGUUGAUGAAGAUUGGCAAGAUGAGGAGUUAGAGCGAGUGGAUGGAUUGGACAAUAAUUCUGAACUGACUGAUAAUCAUGUGAGCUCUUUACGAAUGCAGGCUGAUAAAAAGCAUGUAAAUAAUCAGACUAUCUCACUGCAAUCAAACAAAGUAGAUUUAAAAAUCCAUGUGGAUCCCAUGGGAAAGGUGGACAAAUCUCGAAUGGAAUCCCAUGGGAAUAAAGUAAAUGAUAUUGUAGAUGGUAGUGAUUCAACUCAAGAGAUAGUGAAAAAUACAGAGAACAAUCUAUUGUACACUGUGCUAGGAUCAAAGAAGCAAGAUUCUUCCACUAAACAACAAGAAAAACUCAAUGAUCAUUAUGUUAAAAUGGAACGACUUGAAGCAAAUACUAUACCAGUUGAGGGUACUAUUUACUAUGAAGGAGACAACAUGGAGACAUUGUAUGUAGCACAAGCCAUUGAUGAUAACGAACAAUAUCAGUAUGAUAACGCGACGAUGGAACAAGAUGAACAAAUGUCCUGGGAAGUGGCGAAUUCCGAGGCCAAUCAAAAUCAAGAAGAUAAUUCUCAAGAUCAGAUAUUUUUGCACGAGGACGAAGAUGGUCAAUUGUAUUUCAAGGAUGCUAAUGGAACUCUACAACCAGUAUACUUAACCGAGGAUGGAAAUUACGCAAUUGCUGAAAGUAGUGAUGAUAAUACCAAUAAAGACUCGCAAUCUAAAUCUUAUCAGAAUAAUAGUACAAUCCAAGAGGAGACUUUUAUUCUGCCUGAUAUAGAUUCCAAGCCUACUUCUAAUAAACAGAUAACUAGUAGUACAGUAUCAUCGUCAUCGUUUCAAGAUUAUGAUAAUGAAGACAAUACUGUGACCAUAUCCUUGAUAAUAUCGGAGGAUGAGAACGGACAAAAGAGAACUCAAGUUAUUAUACCAACAACAGACAAUUUAAAGUGCGACAUCUGUAAUAGAAGCUUUAAAACAUCUUUCCAGUUACUCAGGCAUAAUAGACUAAAACACGCUCGUGAAGAAGAUAUAACUACAAGAAACUUCCCUUGUGACUCGUGUCCUAAAAGGCUAGUUGAAAAAUUCAGUUGACGUGUGUGUGCGUGCGUGUAUGCACAUAU